AAUCAGUUAAACAUUUCUCUGCCUAAAACCAAAUAGUAAACCAAAAUCCUCCUCCCUCUUCCCCAUUUCUUCUCCAUCUUCCAAUUUUCAAUGAAUUUAAGUUAUAUAUACUAAUUUCCCUCACUAUCUUCACAUUCUUUCUAAAAGUUAUGUGGCAUCUCAUAAGUUGACUAGUACUAAGUCAGGAGUUUAUCCUUUGGAUAGUUACAACCUUUCUUCAAUCCAACCAAAAAAAGUGUUGAUUUCAAUUAAGUCAUUUUACAACUUUUCUCUCAACAUAAAUCAAGUAGUUGAUUCUAUAGAUGCUCAAAACAAAAUAUUGAAGAAUCAAGAAUAGUUGUUAGUGAUUUUUAGAAAAAUGUCAGAGUUGAGACCUCAGUAUUUUCAAUUUGUCAAGUCAAAAUUCUUCUACUUAUGUUCUUUUAUUCUCUCUCACCCUCUCUACUUCUCCUACUUCAUUUUCUUCUCUCCUUACAUUGUUAAACUCCUUUCAUUCCUCUCUCCUCUCUUCAUCACAACUACCCUUUUGCUCCUUGCCCUUUUUACCAUCUCUCCAAGUUUCAUUCUCCACAACAACACAAUAGGAUUAACACAAAAGGAUGAUGAAGUAAUAGAUGAGUUGGAGGAAUUUGAAGCCUACAAAAUAGUGUUUGGCAUGUCCAAAAUUGAUGAUCAAGAAAACCAUGUUGAGUUCUUGGACUAUACAUCAGCUGAGGAAAGUGAAUCCCCUAUUCUUGAUCACUUGGGAGAAAAUUCAGCUGAAAUGGAGAAUACUAAGAAUGUAAUAGAGGAGAAGACAUUGGAAAGUUUCUUCAAAGAAGUAGAUGAAUUUGAAAACACCACUUCGAGUGAUAAUGUGGAAGUGAAGACAGUGGAUAAAAUCAUUGAAAAACAAGAGGAGGCACUAGUGGGAAAUGGACUUAGCAAAAAUCUUGAAAAUGUGGGAAUUGGUUAUGGUUCAAUGAGGAAAGAAAAAGAGUGGAAAAGGACAUUGGCAUGCAAACUUUUUGAAGAAAGGCACAAUGCUAGUCAUAACAAUAGUGAAGGAAUGGACAUGUUGUGGGAAAAAUAUGAAAUAGACACCACAAAAAACAAGGCAAAAAGUGAUUUGAAGAAGAAAAAGAAAGGAGAGUUGAAGGGAUAUAAAAAAGAACAUGAUGAGGAUGAACAAGAGAUGGAUGAUCAGCAGCUUUGUUGUUUACAAGCCUUGAAGUUUUCAGCUGGAAAGAUGAACUUGGGCAUGAGAAGGCCUAAUCUUGUCAAGAUUUCAAAGGCAUUUAAAGGUUUUGGAUGGCUACAUCAUGUGGGAAAGAGUAACAAGAAGGUGCAUUGUGGUGAUCUAUGUUGCUCUGACUCUUAAAAAAAAUGUUAGACGGUGUCAGAUCCUCCAAAAAUUCGGCAUGAGUACAGCAACAUAGGUAGUAAUGGCUUCUAGUGAAAUUGACUUACUAUGAAAUUAAAUUAGCUGCAACAACAAUUAUGUAUUGUGAGGUUUCAUUGUAAAACAAUGUUUCUGGUAUUAAAUAUGCUUUGAGAAAUUUACACUACUUGUCAAGUAGAUACUUCUUGUUUUAGUCCUUGAAUCAUAUUCUAGCAUAAUACUGCUUGAUAGUGUGUUUUUGUCAGCCCAGAUCCUACUU